AUGUUCCAGCCGGCGGCCGCGGCGGCCAAGCGCUGCUUCACCAUCGAGUCGCUGGUGGGCAAGGACAGCCACCCGCUGGCCGAGGAGCCCCUCCGGCCCGCCGCCGCCGCCCUCGGCUACCCGGCCAGCGCCGCCGUCGAGGCCUUCGCGCACGGCUUCCAGGGACCGGCCGCCGCCGCCGCCGCCGGGCGCUCGCUUUACGGAGGGCCCGAGCUGCUGUUCCCGGAGGCCGUGAGCCACCCGCCGGGCCUGGCCGUGCACCCGCCGCAGCUGGGCGCCUCGCACCUGCCGCCCUCGCCGCACCACCCCUUCCUCGGCGCGCAGCCCCGCGACCCGCUCAACUUCUACCCCUGGGUGCUGCGCAACCGCUUCUUCGGGCACCGCUUCCAAGGCAGCGAGGUGUCCCAGGAGAGCUUGCUUCUUCACGGCCCGUUUGCCCGGAAGCCCAAGCGGAUCCGGACAGCCUUCUCGCCCUCGCAGCUCCUGAGACUCGAGCGCGCCUUUGAGAAGAACCACUAUGUGGUGGGUGCCGAACGCAAACAACUGGCCAGCAGCCUCAGCCUCUCGGAGACCCAGGUGAAGGUCUGGUUUCAAAACAGGAGGACCAAAUACAAACGGCAGAAGUUGGAAGAGGAGGGCCCAGAGUCAGACCAGAAGAAGAAGGGGUCGCACCACAUCAACCGGUGGCGGAUCGCCACCAAGCAGUCCAGCGGGGAAGACAUCGACGUCACGUCCAACGACUAG